UCAUUUGCUGCUUACAAACUCGAAUUGCAAGUGUUUUUGAAAGAUCGAUAGUAGUUAUUGAUAUGUUUUCAUGUUUGGAUAUUCUGAUUUCGCAUUGAUAUAAGUGUUGUUGUUUUUUUAUACAUAGCGAUUGCACGCGAUAUUUUCUGGAUGAGUAUUGAUAACCAUUGCAUUUCUUAUUAAUAAUAAGUGUACCAUUAAAGAUCAAAAUAAAGCUAGAGGGAGAAAUCACCACUGAAAGACCAGCUAGCUAUACGCUACAUUUUUCGUUACAGUCCGUGAUCGUGUUCAACGGUAUUAAAUGAAAAGAAAUUUUAUAUCAUUAGCCGUAUAAGACUUUGGACAACUUCCAGAUACGGAUAUUAGCAACGUCGACUUUCCUAUAGCAAGACGCGACCAUGUCGCAGCGAAAUCCCUUCGCGCAGUCGCUAGUAUACCGGAACGUGCCCGACACGUUCAAGACGACGUAUGGUCAGUCAUACACGAAGGUGCCGACGGUGGAGGUAUCACCGGCGUUUGAAGAGUUCCGGAAUCGAGACUUUGAGAAGUAUUCUUACUUCCCGCGCGACCUGUCCCCAUAUCCGGACACCCGGGACCCGAACCCCUUCCGGAAUCCGCGCCCGUACCAACCGGAACCGGAACCCUCCUACAACAAGAAUAUCGAACGGAUCGGCGACAUACCGGAGCCGUUUUGAAGAAGCUACACUCCGACGGGAUGAGUAUAAUGAGACCCUACCGUCUCGUCCGCGCGAGCCCCCAUACGAGCGGGAGUUCGAAAUGAAUGGAGACUAUCGGCGGGAGCGCGGCCGGGCCACCGACCGGGGGCGGCAGAACGGGACACGCUACCCGGCGGACAAUGCGGAGAAAAUGCUGGCGCAAUUCGACGACCUGGUGGCAGACGGACAGGAACUGAACCCCGAGGAGCUUACCAAGGCCGUUUGCAACAAAUGUUACAACUCAAACAUGUGCAUGAAUCGCCUCGGCUGCGGGCACCAGUACUGCGAUGAUUGCAUGGCGCGCAUGCCCGGCUCGGACGGCCCCUUCCGUGACACGGUGAGAUGGUACUUCAGUUGCCCUCUCGACAACAAGCGGACGUCAGAGGCCAAGGUCGUCCGAACCGAUCCGUUUGGGCGAAGACUGGAGAUAAGGCCCAGCAGUCGUUAAAAGCAUCAUUCAUGGCCCCAAAUGAAGUUUCAUGACGUCGGUUAUUUCAAGACCACCUAACGUAGACUGCGGCAGCUCCAUCCAGAUUAAGAUUGCUAACUAUUUUGCUUUCAGAGAUUAUAUUUGUAAAUUUGUGUACACAUGUUUUUUAUAUUUGGUGGUUUAGGUUAUAAAGUAUAAUUUGAGACCCAUUACAAUGUCUAUAAAUACGUGUUAGUGUUUCACAUUUUGAGCUUUAUUACUGCCAUGGAAUUUAUAAUUGUUUAAUUGGUCAUUUUACGCCGUUUCAUUACUUUUUUUAUUUUAUUGAACUGAAAUAUUGAAACGAGCUCGUUGUUCGUAAUAUUUAUGGAUAGUUAAAUCAACAAUGAACAAAAAAACUACACAAAAAUAAACAAAAUAUAUUGUCAUAUACUUUAAUUAUAAAAAAUAAUUAUAAAAAGCGCUACAUAUUUUGUGAAAAGGUUUUUAUAUGAUCAUGGACAUUAUUAAAACGACUAUAUGACUAUUUGUGCAACAUAUUUUGUUUUUACAAUUUAUUAUGUUUAUGUGACUCUGAAUAUUGGGAAAAUCUUCAUGUCGAGUUCAAACCGUUAAACGCUUGGGUUUAAUUGUGAACAUGAUUAUUUAUUCAAUAUUAAUGGUUUGGAGUGCGUGAUUUGUACAUGUAUCAUUAUAAAUUAUUUGAAUAUUGUGUAAUAAAUAAAUUUGACUA